AUGCCAAGCUGGAGGAAAGGGAAACGCAUCGGCUACUGCCUGAACGACAAGAAGAAAAAGAAACUGAAUUUCCAGGGCUUUGAGGAUCUCUGCAGGAAACGAGGCUAUGAGGUCACUGAGAUUGACUUGGCCAAACCCCUCCGUGAGCAGGGCCCCUUUGACGUCAUCAUCCACAAACUCUCCGACCUGAUUCUCGAGUCGGGCUACAACAGCCAAUCUCACCAGCUCAUCCGCGACUUCCAGACCUAUGUGGAAACCUAUUCCAGUAUCAUCCUUCUUGACCCAUUUCCAGCUGUACGGCCGCUCCUGGACCGCUUCGAAUCCUAUCGCCUCCUCCAGGACCUUCAGGAUCAAGACAGCUGCAUCUUCUUCCCGCCCUACGUGGAGCUGAACAGCGGGACCGAGCGGGAGGCGGCAGCAUGGAUCCGGGAGCAGGGCCUCACCUUCCCCUUAAUUUGCAAAACCCGGGUGGCUCACGGACCCAGCUCCCACGAGAUGGCGCUGAUCUUCAACGAGGAGGGGCUGGAGGAGGUGAGCGCCCCCUGCCUGCUACAGAGCUUCAUCAACCACGACGCCGUCCUCUUCAAGGUCUUCGUGGUGGGCUCCUCCCACUUUGUGGUGCGCCGGCCGUCCCUGAAGAACUUCCCGCGAGGGGAAUCAGCCAGGAAAAGCAUCUUCUUCAACAGCUGCAGCGUCUCCAAGCCAGAGUCCUGCUCCCGCCUGACCGAGCUGGAUGAGGCUACGCUGGAGCCCACCCCGCCCUCCGACAACGUCGUCUGCCGAGCCGUGCGGGGCCUGCGCUCCGCCCUGGGGCUCUCUCUGUUUGGGCUGGAUCUGAUCGUGGAGAAGCAGACGGGGCGGUGUGCGGUCAUAGACGUCAACGCCUUCCCAGGUUACGAAGGUGUCCCGGAGUUCUUCUCAGCCCUCCUGAACCACAUCGAGACGUUGUUGGAGAGCCACGAGCAGGCGGCCCGGGCCAGGGUGCUUAUGGCUGAGUAUUCCCUGCACCAGCGGGCGCCACACGUGGACACCACCCAGGAGAGCACCCACGAUACUGACCCGAGAGCCCCUUGGCUGACCAAUUCCCUCGAGACGCCCAAGUCAGCACCAGCUGAGAGCAGUUUCCUCACCUUCACUGUCCUGCCUGCCAUGCUGUCCCGGCACUGA